AUGACCGCUAAACAUUCUCGCGGAUUUCUUCAUUCCGAUGAAGACAUCAGUGAUAAGGCAUCAACGUGUGGAAAAUUGCUAAUAUUCCUAUCGGUUGCCCUGGUAAUACUGACGUUGCCCUUCAGUUUGUUUGUUUGCUUCAAGGUGGUGCAGGAAUACGAACGUGCUGUUAUAUUCCGUUUAGGUCGCUUAAUGCAAGGCGGAGCCAAAGGUCCUGGAAUAUUUUUCAUUUUACCAUGUAUUGACUCCUACGCAAGGGUGGACUUGCGUACUCGAACAUAUGAUGUACCACCACAAGAG